AUGCCAGCUCAAGGUGUCAGACAUAUCAUAAGGGAGAUGAAGUUAUUCAUUUUUGCAACCUGCCUGCUGGCUUUCGCCGCCGGAGAUGUUUCGCAUUUGCCGCUGGAACUCCUGGAGGAGCACCACGAGCAUGGCUAUGGCUAUGACUACCCCAAGCCGGAGAUACCAUUUGUGAUUACCACGACGACGGAGCCACCACCGCCGCCACCACCGACUUAUCUGCCACCCAAGCCAGUGCCCACUUACCUUCCCCCUCCUCCACCCACGACUACUACUACUACUACUACCACCACCACCACCACCACUCCCGCUCCCACUCCUGCUCCCACCUACCUUCCUCCUCCACCACCCCCACCGCCAACCACCACCACCACCACAACAACCACAACGACACCUGCUCCCACGCCGGCACCCACCUACCUGCCACCCCCACCACCACAGCCGGAACCGGGUUACCACUACGAUGUGCCCGCCCAAGAGUUCACCUACUGA